GUUUAAGCAUGGCCCGGCCAGUGCCAUGGAGUCAAGCUCUGGGUCAUGUUCGAUGUCGCCGGACGGAGCCCACCACUGGAAGUAUGGGAAAUGCAACUACUGCCAGAUGGCUGAAGGCAAGCUGGCCAAAGGACCAGGCGUCAUGGCGAAUCCAGGUGGCGCAGCAGAGUGCGACAGGGGUGGCAAGUGCAUGUUCAAGUUUGCCAAGUGCACGAAGUGUGGCCGACCUGAGAUGGGGGGCAAGGUCCUAUCAACUAAUGCUGUUGGGCCUACAUCUGCUUUUGGCACUUUUGUUUUCUUUGAAUGCUCCCGGAGGAUGUGCGAAGGCACCCACAGCCGGGCAGCGAAAUGAGCGCACACGGGUUGUGUGCCAUGUCUGUGGGUAUAAGUCAGUCCCGCAAUGGAUGAACGACAGGGCACAUUGCCUGAAGUGCGACGCCGUGCUGAAGACGCAGGCUACAAUCCAUGGAUCCUCUGCCGUGCCAGAGAACAUGGAGAAGGACUUGGGCGCAAGCCGUGCCUCUGGCGAAGUGAGCACCUACAAGCUAGCGCCGUCUAGUGCCAUGGAGUCCUCUUCCGGUACCUGCUCCAAGUCACCUAAUGGCAUGCAUCACUGGAAGUAUGGAAAAUGUAACUACUGCCAAGCUGCCGAAGGCAAGCUGAUCAAGGGUGCUGGAGCCAUCGCCAACCCCGGUGGCGCCAGCACUUGCAACAAGGAUGGUGGAAAGUGUAUGUUCAAGUUCUCCAAGUGCACGAAGUGCGGUAGGAGAGAGGUUUGA